AUGGGUAAGAAGUUUCACAUUUUUCAAGCCCAGGCCUAUCGGUUAGUUCCAGACUUCGUCGAAGACUUCGAAGGGACUGACAAAGCACGGACGGGCGAAUUAGCUCAAGAGACGCAGUUCUAUAGAGAAGCGACUUUUAAGGCUCUACAGGUCGCAUUACGCGAUGUAAGACAGGCUGUUACGACCACAACGCGGAGCGGUUCGUUGCAAGCAAUCGGAAAGGCAAAAGAGUACUCGUCUCGGACACGUCAGGUGAAGCUGGAGCGGCAGGCGAGAACGUCUCGCCAUGAGACCACAACGAACAAUGCAGGAAGGGGUCCGCCCAGAGCUGGGAUGGCUAUAGUUCACAUUUUCGGCGCGGAGUUGCUGUUUUCACUUGGAGGGCCUCCUAUCCAUCUGUGUCAAAAUCUGAGAUUACUGCUCACUUAUGAAACGGUGAAGUACCGGGAUCGACUGGAAUUGCUUCGAGCACGGCCAGAGCAACAUUCCUUGGUGACCGUCGAAACUUGUUACCGACAUUUUCAACCAAUAUGUAAACCCGAAAUGCUCUUGCUGCACUUCAUGCUUGCUUUGGUCUCCUCCUUCGUGCACGCUGAGCAUGGAUCCGGAAUAUUCACCAUGACAUUUUCCUCUACUGAGAUUGUUCAUGUAAGCGUGUGCUAUACACAGUGGCCGUCGUAUGUUGAAGCUCACCCGCAACCAUCCUGCAUCUUCCACUCUCAUCCGUACAGCUUCACAAUUCAUCCGGAAUUCCCUACAAAAAUUGGAAGACCUCUCAAAAACAUCCAGUCGGACUACAUCACAAUCAGCAUCAACGCUACUGAUGACAGAGGAGGCUCCCUUGGUAAUUUUCAAGAAUCUGUCGUCGUUGACAGUUCUCUACCAGCUCGAUCUGUGUCCACUUCUAACAGUGUUUUGAACGUGGAUUUUGUGGUCAAGUGCAGCCCGAAUUUUUUUGGACCUCGCUGUAGUAGGUACUGUAAAUUAUCCCCUGCCGACAACCGCCACUUCACAUGCAGUCAGACAGGCGAGAAGAUUUGCUUGUCUCAUAGGACUGGACCAAACUGCGGCAUUGAUCAACGUAGGAAUCUUGUGGUUUCUCGUGUGACAAGAGCCAGCGAGGGUCGUAGUGCGAUAACCUUUGUCAUGCGUCAUUCUGAGAAGUUGUUAGCCAUGGUUGCUGUUGCUUUCAUCAUCACAAUCCUCGUUGGAUGCGCAAAAUGUUCACUGAAUUUGCAGCAGCGAGUGAACAUACAGGUUUCGAAUGUCGUCACAUACUUCAUCAAUGGGUCUAUGGAUCCGAUGCACGCUGAAGGUGAUUAUGACGAGCCUUGCCAUCUGCAUGCUUGUGAAUUUGGAGAAUGCAUUCCAGAGGGCACAUCAUUUCGAUGCGAAUGCCGAGAAGAUCAUGUUGGUGAGACUUGUAAUAUCUGGCGCUCACCACUUGAAAACUGCGAUGUUGAUGGCCCAUUCAAAUGCUUCAACGGUGGAACUUGCAAUACUGCACUAAACGCUUUCACUUGUGAUUGUCCCCCCAACUUCACAGGAUUCUUCUGCGAAGAGGACGUAGACGAAUGUGUAGAUAACCCGUGUAAGAACGGCGGUACUUGCGUUAACCGACCCGGCUCCUUCUUUUGUAUGUGUCCUCAUGGAUACAGAGGAGAGACAUGUGACGAAGCUGUUGAGACUUGUACUGUCAACACUUGUCACAAUGGCGGAACAUGUAUAGAUGGAACAAAUGGAUAUGUAUGCCAUUGUCCAUUCGGCUAUAAUGGGCAAAGAUGCGAGAACGUCAAGGAAGGCUUUGUAUGGAAAAGCAACGAGAUUCCGAGGAAUAAACCCUUUAGAUGCUUUGGCUGUCUACAAAAGGCUGGGAAUGGGGAGUGCAAUGAAGACUGCAACAUACCGGAAUGUAAUUAUGAUGGUGGCGAUUGCUCAGUCACCAGUCCAUUCAACAAAUGUGCUAAUUCCACAUUUUGUGCUCGAAUGUUCCGAAAUGGAGUUUGUAAUGAGGUCUGCAACAACGAAGACUGCUUAUUUGAUGGCUUCGAUUGCUUGACGAAGAAGCCAGUCUGCCCUGCUGCCAUAGCAGCUUACUGUAGAGAGCAUAAGGGUGAUGGAAUUUGUGACGAACAGUGCAACCAAGAAGGUUGUGGUUUUGAUGGUGGCGAUUGCCGCGAGAUCUCUCACAAAAUUCUAUCUGGAGAAAUCUCAGUUGUCGUGCUGGCGGAGCCUUCCUACUUCGUCGUCAAUAUCCCGCGUUUCUUGCGGUCUCUCAGCAAAAUUCUGAGGGCAGAGAUACGAAUCAAGAGAGAUCAGCAAGGACUGAUGAUUUUUCUGUGGCAGAAUGAACGUAAAGGAGACCGUCUCAGGAUAGAGCAAUUGUACUUUUCUUCCGAAAAAUCUCAAGGGGAGAAACGUGGUGUGGUAGUGUGGAUAGAAGUGGAUGUCGCCAGUUGUGUUGAAGAAUGUUUUACUGAUGUCGAAGUUGUUGCGAACUUCAUCGAUGCUGCAAAAGAGAAACUCACUGGGAUGAACAUGUCGAUUCAUUCGGUUGAUGCCAAGAAUCCCAAAAAAUUCAAGAAGACUCUGGAUACCACUCUUCUAGUAUUACUAGCAUGCAUCGCUAUUAUGAUUGCUAUCGCAAUCGUGUUCAUCAUUCAUGAAAGACCGAGUAGAAAGAGAAAAGUGAUUGAGAAUGCGCCCGUUUGGAUGCCUCCCACGGAGCUUGAAGUUGAAAAGGCGAUGAAGUGCAAUGGAAACAGCUGGAAAAAUAGGGUCGUGCUCGAAAGCUCAAAGCGAAGGCGAAUGGAUCCUGCCGAAGUAAAGUUACUGGAGCAGCAUUUGACGCCGAAGUCUCUCAAAACUAACAGAGUAUUUGUGCAGCCGAAAGAAAAGAGAGCUGAGCCCGUACCGUCAAGUCUACAUGUUGAAGCACUCUCAGACAAACCUAUCCUCGUUCCUAUCUGUACCGAAGAUGUCAAUCGUCGAGGCCCAUUCGGUCGCACUCCUGUGAUGGUUCUAGUGAGGAACACUACGAAGACGGAGGAACAGAUACUAGAGGACCUGACAAGGCUUCGUGCAGCUGGAGCAGACUUGGAUUUGUGGGAUGCCUAUGAUGACACCGCCUUACACACAGCUGUCUCCAUGGGUAAACUCGCCAUAGUGCGAAAACUUCUUGAGCUCGGUGCCUCUCCAGCUAUCCGCGAUCAUCAGAAUUCCACUUGCCUUCACCUUGCUGCGCGAAUGUGCGCAUAUAAUAUAGGAAAAGCCCUCCUACAAGUUGAGGAAAUGAGGCUAGAGGUUGACGCAGUAGACGAUGAAAAUCGAACCGCUUUGAUGCUAGUAGCUAUGCAUGACAGAGUGGAUACAAAAUUUGCUCAACAUCUUUGUGAUGCCGGUGCCAAAGUUAACUAUGAUGGAGAUAACACUUUGAAUACAUGGACAGGGAGAACAGCUCUACAUUUCGCUGCCAAAUAUGACAACGCAAAAAUGGUGGCGUUCUUACUCGAACGCCGUGCCAACAAGGACUGUCAAGAUCAUGAGUGCUGCACGCCUCUUCACCUAGCUGCAUCUGAAGGUCAUGAAGGGCCAGUCAAGGAAUUGAUUAAAGCAGGAGCUAGUGUGAUGCUCAGAAAUGACAAAUCUCAAACUCCUUAUGACACCGCCCUCAUCAAUAAUCGAGAGGCUGUGGCUGCUUUGCUUGCAUCAGGAGAUAAUCUUCGAGUUCAGCUCUACGCAAAUAAUGGAGAGGUGAUUGCGAGUUCGACACCUCCAUCGCUCAAGUGCGCCCGAUUGCUUAUGGCACGACACAGCAGAAGUGUCCGAACAAGGGCAAUGCAAGCUUCCGCUGCUUCACCUAGAUCUACUCAAUCCACCCCUACACGACGCAUGCAGAAUGCUCCAUCUCCGCUCAGCAAUGCUUCAACUCCACAUUGUGUGGUGACUACUUACUUGUCGCCACAGUUUUCUACUACGACACCCAGAUUGGAGAGUCCGUACAUCUCUCCUGUACACACACAGCCUUUCAUCUUCCAAAUGCCCAAGCCAGAGGAAAAACCACUCGAGAUUAGCUCAUCGCCAAAUCAUGGCUUUGCAUUUGGACAGUACACGCAAGAGGAAAAGGUGUCCGUACAUUCUGCAUACAUGGAUUCUGGAUUUGGCACUUUCAAUGAUCAUAGCGCUUACGAUAAUGGUGCUAUGUGGUCAAGAUCAUUUGAUCCUAUUCAUGGAAACCACCUGUCAUCAAAUGACAGGAUGCAUUUGCCAGACGGAUAUGUUGUUUGACUCGUUUGAGUUGAUCUCAGUCUGAUUAUUUCUUAUAACAUAGAUUUGUACAUACCAUGAUCUUACCUCCUUGAGACUUCACCUACCUAUUAACGAGUGUCUCCGUAAUUUCAGAUAUGAUCUUUUACCAUACCCGAACUAUCCUGGCUAUGCAUGUUUUGUGUAUCUCUUGCAAUAGUGUUUGUACUAUAUUUGAAUUUAUCCCCGUGAAUUUUCAGGUUUAUUAUUGUUUUAUCAUUUAUUUAUUUUGUCUAAGUUCUGAACUAGAAGACUGAUUUUUUGUUUACAUAAAUGCUGAAGCUUUA